AUGGCAGGAGGGCAGUUCUCACGGAAUCUACCGUUGCGUCAGCAGACUCAGCAAGAAGAUCGCGCAGCGAAUCCACGGUCAACAUCUCCGAAGACUCGGCAGGUGCUGGAGGAGCAACGGGAACUAAGGCCGAAGAUUGAGUCUCAGCCUGAAGCGUGGCGGAAGGUCCCGCAGCAGUCGACGCUGCCGGCGGUGGCAGUGGCACGUGACUCAUGGGAAGAGAAGUUCCAGACGGUGGCUGAAGGCUCGUUGCAGAAGAAGGCUGACCAGACGAACGAACGGUGUCGACCGGACGAGACUCCUGACGAAGAGAGAGAGGUGAUGAGCAGCUGGACGAUGAUUGGAAGCCAGGAUGGUGAGACUUACCUCCACGCGUGCAGGGUCACGAUGUCGGUGUGGAAGAAGUGCGUCAAACGCACGGUGCAGAGCGUGGUUGAGAGCGCCGCGCGAACGGGGUUCCCGACGAGACAUAGUCGCACGGUGGGAAGGAUUUGGAACUGGAUGAUGUCACAACGGGCACCAGUGGCGUGGCUUCCAUUGCGACAGGGGCAGUUGUGGUGUAGUGAUUUCCAAGUAAUCGCUGAAGUGGCUACAUUCAAGUUGCUCAAGCUACGAACUCUCGGUCAUGCGACAGGUGGUGACCACGGCGCAAGACGGACAAGGAUGCAUCGCUACCGAACGUUCGUCGGGCCCGACUAUGACCAAGAUGUCACUCAAGUCGGGUGGUUCGUAUCGGUGAAGCUGGAUUCACAUUCAGCGGUCAAGAACCGACGGACUACGGUACUACGACUCGGUGACGGUUCGAGCGACUCUUCGGUGGGUGCGACUAGCAGUUGA